AUGGCAAAGUCUCUGUACGACGAUUUUGUAGCUGUUCACUACACAAGCUUCCGCAACACACACCUUACAGCCUCGUUCUUUGCAUGGCACCGUUAUUACUUGGCUAGCUUCGAGCAAAGACUGCGCACACAAUGUAGAUACAAAGGUGCUCUUCCAUACUGGGAAUGGGGACUCGAUGUAAACAACCCAGCCGCCUCGCCCGUUUUUGACGGCACCGAACUCUCAUUGGGAAGCGAUGGCGAGUUCAUCCCCCAUGAUGGCCUACAGCUGCGUCAGCCCUUCUCAAACAACACCAUCAAACUCAAGCCCGGCACCGGAGGCGGUUGCAUCAAGUCAGGCCCCUUCCAGAACAUGACUAUCCAUAUCGGUCCCGCCGCGCUCGCGCAAUACGGCACUACGAAGCCCUUCAACGUCACAGAUCCCCUCCAAGACCUGCCUAGAUGUCUGAAGCGGGACCUGAACAAGGACGUAGCCCAGCGGUUCAACUCAUUCAGGAACACGACGACUCUCAUUCUUGAGCAGACCAACAUUAAGAACUUUUCUUCGCUAUUACAAGGAGACGAUCGCUUCUUCCCCAAUACACUGGGAAUUCAUGGCGGUGGUCAUUUCAUCAUCGGUGGGGACCCUGGGGCUGACGGCCUCAUCGCACCCGGCGACCCGGCAUUCUGGGUCCACCAAGCCCAGGUAGACCGUGUAUACUGGAUCUGGCAGAACCUUGAUUUCAAGAAUCGUCAGGGAGUCUUUGGUACGAUGACUUUGCAGGAUAACCCAAAGAGCCCUGAAGGUAGCGUUGAAGACGAUAUUGACCUCACGCCUCUCAACUCACCAGUAAAGAUCAAGAACCUGAUGAAUACGGUUUCUGGGGCGCCGCUUUGCUACAUGUAUGAGUAG